AUUACAGAAUACUAAAUGUUUGGCGGAACUAAAAUAAUGAAAUUGCAAGACUAAUUGUACAAAUAACAUUGCAGUUGGUAAAGUGACCAGAAAAUUCCAGCCUUUAAAAACAUAUAUAUGUUCCACAGUUACUCAGUAGGUGGCACUUAAAAGCUUAGAUGAGCUUUGCAGUCGCCAUUUAGGUACCAGCAGCAGCUGAAGCUGAAGUCAGUUCAUCUCUGAGAGCAGAGAGAGUGUGUGUGUGUGUGUCUGGAGGGAGAUUGCAACCAAGCCAACAAAAGCAUUAACCACGGCCCAGGCACCCAGAGAGAGAGAGAGAGAGAGAGAGAGAGAGACUAGUAGGACCAGAACAGCAAGAGCACAGGCAGCAGAACAAGGAUCAGACAGCAACAACCAACAAGACACAAGAGAGAAGCAGCCGGCUGAGUUACAGCUCCUUCAUUUAAAAACAGACAGCUUUCUCUCGGAGAAAACCCACAACAGAAAGGCAGUAGUACUGGUACUAUGACAGGCAAAAACUGAAGAGCGUUUGACGGAGUUGUGUUCCUUCUCAGGUUUUUUUCCCCCUAGCUGAGCAUCACAUACAGUGAAAAGCAUGCCUGAGCAAAGCAAUGAUUACAGGGUGGUGGUGUUUGGAGCUGGAGGAGUUGGCAAAAGUUCCUUGGUCUUGAGGUUCGUGAAAGGCACUUUCAAAGAGAGCUACAUUCCUACCAUUGAAGACACCUACAGGCAGGUGAUCAGCUGUGAUAAGAGCAUAUGCACUUUGCAGAUUACCGACACUACAGGGAGCCAUCAGUUUCCAGCCAUGCAGCGUCUGUCUAUUUCCAAAGGACAUGCUUUCAUUUUGGUUUUUUCAAUCACCAGCCGACAGUCCUUGGAGGAACUCAAACCCAUCUAUGAACAAAUCUGUCAGAUUAAAGGGGAUGUGGAAAGCAUUCCAAUUAUGCUAGUGGGGAAUAAAAGUGAUGAAAACCAAAACCGAGAGGUGGAGAGCAGUGACGGAGAAGCCAUGGCCAAGAAGUGGAAGUGUGCCUUUAUGGAGACUUCUGCCAAGUUGAACCACAAUGUGAAAGAGCUGUUCCAAGAGCUGCUAAACCUAGAGAAACGCAGGACUGUGAGUUUACAAAUUGAUGGUAAAAAAAGCAAACAGCAGAAAAGGAAAGAGAAGCUGAAAGGCAAAUGUGUGGUCAUGUGAAAAUUGCACUGUUAUGAAGCAACCAUGUAGUCUCAUUCUUUCUGAUAGAACCCAAUGUGAAACCUAUAGACAAUGAGGAACCAUGUGAAACCCUAUUUAUUAGUAGCUGUUAUGAAAGAAUUACAAUAGAUUUUUUUAAAAGAGGAGUUUGUUAUUUCCUAUGAAAAAAACCUCCCAACAACUCAAAUCAUAGUUAGAAAGUAAAACCAAGAAUGAAAAAAGUAGGAAAGGAUUUCUAAUUUUAAAGCAAACGGAAGAAAACAAAUUAAUUCCUUAUUAACAAUAUACUGCACUAUGGAAGGAUUGGAUGCCAAUUACUUAUGUUUAUUAUGCUGUUUGCAUAUAACUGUAAUGGAAGGUGAUGUAUCUACAUAAUGCAGAUUUAGAAGAGAAAGAAAUGCCAAUGAAGAAAUCUAGAAUGUAUAAAUGCAUAUUGGAUAACUUAUCAUAGCCUUCAAGAACACUGGAGAUAACACAAAUAUUUUUCUGUACAAGUCUUGGUGCUGACUGUUCAGGGUUGGAGGGUGUGGGGAAGAAGAUAACCCUGGAGCUACCAAUUUAUGAACUAUUGUACAUUUGGGGGAAAUAAAGGGGUUAUGCAACUAAAUGUGAUAUUGAUUCUCUCCUCUUAGCAUAUUAUGUCCCUCCUUAAUAUUAUGCUGAUGAGCAGUGUUUGAACUGAAGGAUAGGGAGGGGGGAAAAUCUCCUUGGUCAGCUGGAGAUCUUUCUCUCUGGGCCCAGCUAAACCAUCAUUUCCAGGGAUAGCCUGUACCUCUGGCCCCAAGAUAUUUCUGAAGAGCAAAUACUUGCCUUUGGAGCAUGACAGUUUAUAUCAUACGGUGUGCAGAUACAAAAACAUUUCCCCCCAGGGAGACAUGCUCUGGACUCCCUCUACAAAGGCCUCUGUGGAAAUUAUUCAGUUCAAACAUUGCUGAUAAGAGCACAAUAUGAUUGGUAAAUGAACAGAUUGUCUAUGGAGUUGCAGGCAGGCGUGUGAGAGACAAAGGAGAAUGAUUGUGCUCAUAUUGCCAGAUUUGCCAAAUCAAAUUUCUGUAUAAUUACUGCAUCUGAAUUAGAAUUUUGCCUGCAUCUUAUGAUAAACAUACAGUAAACAAUUAGAUUUAUUGCCUUUAAAUUGGCAAAGGGGGUUAUAUUUAUUAUUUAAAUUUGUGGUCUGAACAACUGAGACUAUUCAGGGAACCAUAUCUGGCAGUUUUUACUUAGAGAAAACUUUUAUUGGCCCCGUCUCUAGUGGGAUUAAUAGAAGACUUGCCUAAGUAAAGACUACAGGAUUUGGCACAUUAACAGUUCAGUCAAAAAGUGAGUUACAAUGCAAUACUAGGUUCACAAUAGAGAAAACAGGUUAAGACCUUAUUUAUUUAUUUAUUUAAGAAAAACUGCUUUUUUGCAGUCCAAGAUGGAGAAAAAGUGUAUUUAAUGUGAGUUAUUUUGAAAUCUCUCCAAAGUUUUUUUUUAAUACACAACAUGAAUGAUUUGCUCUAUAUCCUACAACUAACAGAAAAACAAAGACCAUCAAAGAUGAAAAAAGCACAUUAACUUUUUUAAAGGAUAUGAAAUUUUAUAUUCUACAGUUUGCACCUUUCUGCUUUAAAACAAAAAGCGUUCACUGUAUUUUUCGCAAAUGUGUAUGUCAAAAGCAUAUUAUUGGAAAAUGCAGUCAGGUACUAGGAAAAUUAGCAUGCAUGUUACAUAAUAAAUGUCUUAUAAGACAGUUUAAAUGCAGUAUUCACUUUAGAAAUAAUUACCUUGUUGUUCUUAAAGUGAUUUAUUGUUUACCUCCUAACUUCCAAACAGAAAUGCAACCACUUACUGGAUAGCAUGGGUAGAAAAGGAUUGUUGCAGGCUAGCUGCCAGCACUGCUUUUCUCAAAGAGAGAACUUAACUGUUGUAAUUCUCUCUAGGCAAAAUCUUGACUCCACUGAAGUCAAUGGCAAAACUCUCACCGACUUUAGUGGGGCCGGGAUUUCACCCUCUGAUUUAAUUGCAAUAGAUCUAGAGAAUUGUAACUCUGCUGCUAAUUCCGAGCUCCAAGAGCUACUGAGCCAGUUUUUCUUUUUAAUCCUUAAAAUAAUCACAUAUGACUGAAUAAGGAAAAGAAACGAGAACUGGAGUGAGUAUAACAAACAGGCUUAGACUCUUCCUUCACCUUUUCAUAUUCACAUUAAAAUGAAAUUCAGGUUUCUCUAGUCAAUUGACUGUCUUAAACAAUUCCUAAACAUAUAAAGGAUUCUGGAAUUGUUUUAUAUUGCUGAGUGGAUUCUCUCUCAGACAGGCUAUUGGAAAAAAACAACAGUAUUUGAAGAACAGUGAUGUGAUGCAUUUAUCAGUGGUAUAUUUAGUGGAAAUUACAUAGAUGUUUACUAUGUUUGUAAGCCAAUCGUUUAAGUGGUUAAAGAUUCUCAUCUUCCUAAUUUUAGACUUCAUUAACAAAAAUGGAAAAUAAAAGAAUGACUAUGUUUAAGAAAUAUUGUUGCAGCCAGCAACAAAUUAAAAAAUGGGCCAUAGACAGAGCUCAACUGUGUGGUAACUGAACUCCAAUUGAUGCUAUUAGACAUUGUGAAUAUGUGUCAAAGGCACUAUUGUGUUUGACUUGUAUCUGAGAACUUUUUCUGGCAUGCUACAUUUAUAUGACAACUGUAUAGAAACAAACUAAAAAGUCACCUUAAAGACAAAGAGCCUUAUUACAAUAUUACUUACUUGCUUUUACUUUGAUGAAGUUAUUCAUCAAAGGGUAUGACUAUAUCAAUAUUAUUGGGCCAAAUACCAUCCUUGACUUCAGUGGCGAACAGAGAUUAGCAGUUCUGCAGUGAGAGUAGAAAUAAAACAUGUAAAACCUGUUUCUGUUAGGCCUAAGGAUCAUUUCCUUUGAUUCCCAGUUGAUUCCUCUCCAACAAUAUAAUAAGCCAUGAUUUAUUUCAUGCACUUGCAUGUAUUAAAGCAUAGUAUAGUAUAGAAGCAAUAUUAUUCAUGGACCACUGACUCUAAAAUAACAUAUUUUAUACCCUUGCAUUGCCAUUGCAGUUUAUAAUACUAGAAUUUUCAUAUCUGUGAGUUGGUCAAAAAUAUUUGUUUUGCUAUUACUGAUACAGAUGUUCUUUUUCUUUAUAGAACAACCAAAAAAAUAAUAAUAGGGGAAAUAAAGAGAAAAUACAGCUUUGUUAUACUUUCUGUUUUCCUUUGUAAUGUGAUACCAAUAUACAGAAGCUCUCUGAAAAUGUACAUAAACAACAGAGCAUAUUGAAUGCAGUAUUGUAAUAUUGUUGGUCCCAGGAUAUUAGAGAGACAAGGUGGGUGAGGUAAUACCUUUGAUUGGACAAAUUUCUGUGGGUGAGAACGAUAAGCUUUCGAGCUUAUACAGAGCUCUUCUUCAGAUCUGGGAAAUAUAACUCAGCUAUAAACAAAGUGGAAAAAAUUAUUUAGCAUAAGUAGUAAAUAUACAUUUCAAGGGACCCUUCAAGGUAAAAUGGCCCCUUAGCAUCCCUCCAGUCUUAGGUGGGAAAGAACAAAAGCUGUGGGAGUGGGGGGCGGAAGGUUAAGUAGGUUAUAGAUUGUUGUAAUAAGUCAUGAAGUCAGUGUCUCUACUUAGUCCAUGAUUUUUGGUAUCUAGCAAAGUUAUAAAUUUAAACUCCCAGGCUCAUCUUUUGAAGUUGUGCAGAUUUCCUUUGAGGAUGAGGACUGAGAGGUCUGAUAUACAGUGAUCGCUUUG